AAAGAUCUCACAUUGCAUAGCGUUGACUUUUCGUCAGCUUAAUCCCUGAGCCAUGUCUCCUCCCAUCGUGCCUCCAAUGGGGGUAGACGGCGUAUCCGCAUACCUGAUGAAGAAAAGGCACACUCACAGGAAGCAGCGGCGCAAGCCCACUUUCCUGACUCGUAGGAACAUUGUGGGCUGCCGCAUUCAACACGGCUGGAAGGAAGGCAACGAGCCCGUGGAGCAGUGGAAGGGCACUGUGCUAGAGCAGGUUUCCGUGAAGCCCACUCUUUACAUCAUUAAAUAUGACGACAAAGAUAGCGUGUAUGGACUAGAACUGCACCGAGAUAAGAGAGUUUUAGCGCUAGAAAUCCUUCCUGAGAGAGUGCCAACUCCUCGCAUCGAUUCACGCCUGGCAGAUUCCCUGAUUGGUAAGGCAGUAGGGCAUGUAUUUGAAAGUGAGCACGGUACCAAGGAUGAAUGGAAGGGUAUGGUUCUGGCGCGAGCCCCUGUGAUGGAUACUUGGUUUUACAUCACCUAUGAGAAAGAUCCUGUUUUGUAUAUGUACACGCUGCUGGAUGACUACAAAGAUGGUGACCUGCGCAUCAUUCCAGAUUCCAACUAUUAUUUCCCUACCGCAGAACGUGAACCUGGAGAGGUAGUAGACAGCCUUGUGGGCAAACAGGUGGAGCACGCCAAAGAUGACGGGUCCAAGAGAACCGGCAUUUUCAUACAUCAGGUGGUGGCCAAGCCCUCUGUUUACUUCAUUAAGUUUGAUGAUGAUAUUAACAUUUAUGUCUAUGGUUUGGUAAAAACUCCCUAAAUUUAUCAUGCUCUUUGCAAAAGUUGUGGAACUAUUAGAUGUAAAUUAUUUUGUGUUCUUGUAGAACUUUGAGAACAGUUUUGGUGUC